GAAGGCAUUUUCUCUAAGGUUUCAAGCCUUUGCAAUCUCAGCGAGAGAGAGAAAGAGAAGAGAAAACCACAGAAGAAAAGCUUCCGUCUUCUCCAACUAACCGCAACCAUGAUUAUGUCCGAGAAGAACCGUCGUGAGAUUUCAAAGUACCUCUUCCAAGAGGGAGUACUGUAUGCAAAGAAGGAUUUCAACUUGGCAAAGCAUCCAGACAUUGAUGUACCAAAUCUACAAGUGAUUAAGCUUAUGCAGAGUUUUAAAUCAAAGGAAUACGUUCGAGAGACAUUCGCAUGGAUGCAUUACUACUGGUUUUUGACUAAUGAUGGUAUUGAGUUUUUGAGGACUUACUUGAAUCUACCAUCUGAGAUUGUGCCUAACACUUUGAAGAAAUCUGCUCAAACUGGAAGAGCACCACAGGGUGACAGACCUAGGCGUAAUUAUGAAGGUGGUGACAGACCUAGAUUUGGUGGUGACAGAGAUGGAUACCGUGGUGGUCCAAGAGGGGGAGCACCAGGGGAGUUUGGAGGAGAUAAGGGUGGUGCUCCAGCAGAGUAUCAGCCACAAUUUAAGGGUUCAGGAGGUAGGGGUGGUUUCGGUCGUGGUGGUGGUGGUGGCUUUGGUGGUGGCGCCGCAGGAUCAGGUCUUCCUUAAGUUGGAUAUUGUUCCUUACGAUGCUGUCAGGAGCAUUUGUUUUUGGGUCAGAGCUUAAAGAUCAAUUUCUGUUGUGAAACCGUCUACUUUGUUGUUUAGCUCCGAAAAGAUUGUUUAGUAUAUGUUGAGGUUAAAUUAAUUCCGCGACUUCCAAGGUUUAGAUUUCAGUAUUUAUGUGCUUUUUCUUUUUUACCAUUUCUUUAGUGAAUUUCAUUUACUACUCCACGCCCAAACUCUUAAUGACAGUUUCUGAUGA